AUGCCAGUGCCAUUUGAAGGAUUGAUCCCCUACGCAAUCAUGACGGCCUUCUUCGGCAUCGCGGGCCACGGCGUGCAGUACAUCAGGUACUGGGACAACGGCUGGAAGAACGACCGCUAUUUUUUGGAUAAGUGGGACCAGAAGAUGAUGCAGCGCGAUUUCUACUUGACUGGCGUGCAUCGGGGCCAAAGCAGCGAAGCCAUCGCUCCAGAGUCGUUCAAGACCGCCGAGUUGAUUGAGCAGAGGUACUAUACUCCGUACCGUGACCAAUUCUUUACUUUGAGGGAUCGGUUGUUUAGAGGCUAUGUUUUUGGAGAUUGGAAUUUUUCGUAA